CACCGGUUUCCUUGCACCGGGACGGUCGCCGGUGCGGUAUAUACGAUCGCGGUCCGGCCGCCAGCCCGACAGUCGCAACAAGUGUCCGUUGGCGCGCGCACACACCGGCUGCGGUCGCGCUCAUCCACAAACGUUCCGCGCACGUGUAAGAGUAUGCCCACGAAUAUUGCGCUAUCGUAAUAAUUGCUCGUCAUACUGUACGCGGCGUGGUUACCUGGUUUUUUUUUUUUAUCCUGCCCGAAUAGAAAAAAUAUAGCUUUUAAGACCGCCCGGCCGUUUCCCGUACACCCGCGGUGUGUUUUUUUUUUCGUCCCGCGCGCAGGACUCGUAUCUAUCCACACGCACGGUCGUCGCGUUCCAGGUGUUUCCUCCCCCGCGACGGCACUCGCACGUCCUGCGCACAUUGGCCCAGCGCGAACGCGUUCCACCGGCACCGACGUACGUACAACGUUAUUGCGACGUGCUCACGAGAUACAUCGGCCAAAAUGAUCGAUUCCACGUCGGCGGACUGUUGCAUUUUCGCCAAGGAGUCCAUGGCCGUGGACGGAUACAUGGUUUCCCCGUCCGCGGUGCAUCAGAGGACCAACAGCCAGAUAAAGGACCAUAAAGAAUACAUCAGGAAAAACAAGGAUCCAUUGACAACAAGUAACGCAAAAGAAUUAUCCCUAUUGCAAUUCCACGAAGUUGAACCACAUUUGCAGUCGAAUCCAUAUAUUUUAUCCGGCUAUAGGGCAUGUUUAUCAACAAAAAUGUGUAUAGAAAGCGCCUUUUGGCUGACGAACGAAACGAUAAAUAUUUGGUCUCACGUAUUCGGCUGGAUGCUGUUUUUCGGCUUGACAAUUUAUGAUUUGCUUCUGUUAAAUAUUCAUGCUUCGUUGUUCGACAAAAUUGUCGUGGGUCUACUGCUCGGAUGUUUCCAGAUUAGUAUGGCGUCGUCGACUAUGUACCACACGUUUUCAUGCAAAUCGGAGAAACAUUUCAACUGUUUUCUAUCGUUUGAUCUGUUCGGCAUAGCCUUAAGCUUGUUGGCCAUCUAUUUGUCAGGAAUCUACUACGCUUUUUGGUGUCAUCCAGUGCAACAAACAUUCUAUCUGUCCACGGUGUUCUUUAUAUUCGUUGUCGUUAUGACGUUACAAAUACCAAAAUUGAAAGCCAGUGACAAUUUGAAAAUGAUCUCAUUCGUGUGUUGGGCAGCAUACGGAGUGAUACCGACGGCCCAUUGGGUUGUCGUAAUGGGUGGAUGGGAAAAUCCAAUAGUUACUAAAUUGUUGUCAAGGAUCUUAAACAUGUACCUCAUUUCUGGACUAGCAUUUCUGAUUUACAUAACUAGAAUGCCGGAACGGUUUUUAAAAGGUAAAGUAGAUUACAUUGGAUCAUCUCAUCAAUGGUGGCAUUUUCUAGUCGUAUUAGCGUUGUACUAUUGGCACAACACUGGCAUCAUGUAUAUCGAGUACAGGAUGAACCACGGAUGUGUUAACGAUUUACGAUUAUGAUAUUCAAAUGUCGUUGUUUUAUAAACAAAAUAUUUAUUAUUAUUAUUUUAUAAUUAAAUUAUUUUUAAUUUUA